AGAUGUCGCACACUCAACGUCGCUCACCAAUUUAGGCGCCGCUGAGACCAGCUUCACCGCCACGGUGCCAACGCCGGUGAAACGCGGUCCUGGACGUCCGCGUCUCAAGACAGCCGGCCCAACAUAUCAGGGUACACGCGGCGCCCCACGCACACGCAAGCCCAUCGGUCCGUUGGUCGUGCCACUCGGCCACAGCCCCGGCGCCACGCCAAUGACACGCAGCCCGGCUGUUAGUCGCGCACCAAGUCCCAGCUUUUCAGAGCGCAGCAGCUACAGCGCCGCGGGUGCUGGGAUAAGCACGUCGCAAGCUAGUGGCAGCAGUGGCGCAACAAAUAGGGAUGUGGGCAGCAGCUGAGCACCGGCUGUUAACUAAUAACAUUUAUUCUAAUAGGACGUUUUUUUAACGAACAUCUAAUUAAUUUAUUGACACACAUACCAUACACACGCACACAUAAACAAAUGUAUAACAUUAAUUUUUCAUUUUUUAUAUUUUUUAUUUUUUUUGCAUACUUGGAAUUUCGCAACCUAUUGUGCUUUUAUUAAUUUAAGUUCAACAGUGUUCAUUACGCAUUAUUCACUAAUUAAGAAGAAAUUAAAUAAAAUAUGUUAUUAAUGCAUUAA